AUGGGAAAAACCACCGACAGCGCAAAAUUAACACGAUUAACGACUGGAUUCUUAUUUCUCGCCUUUGCUGGAUGCUACAUCAUCUUCAUAAUAUUUUCUACCUCGUCAGCUAAUUGGAAUAGUCAAUACAUCUUCACACACUCUGGAAAAUUAGAAAACAACGUUGCUGUGGGCCAGAAUUUCUUCCAGCAGUGGAAGGAUGGCGCCUGCCAUCUACAUUUUGAAUUCGGAGGCCGCGUUUACCGAAACGAAAACGGACCCGACAACUCCACCCUGGCAGGUGUAGACGGCCAGAAAGCUGUAUGUCUGGACCCUGGUCUGGCACCACCACCAGGAAUGUGUGUGAUCUAUUCUUUUGGCCUCUCAGACGACUGGUCUUUCGAUUCAGCUAUGGCGUCGUACGGGUGUGAUGUUUACUCAUUCGAUCCGUCCAUUCAACAUCCCAAAAUGCCCAACAAUUCCCAACACAUUCACUACUUCAAAAUGGGACUGGGAACAAUUAACACAAGGAAAGAUCCGCGGGGAUGGAAGAUGACAACGUUAGCAUCCAUCCGGAAGCACCUGUUGCACAGCUAUCGGCCGAUAGAUUACCUGAAAAUUGACAUCGAAGGCGACGAAUGGACUAUUUUAGAGCAAAUAUUACAAGACAGCCAUUCGCUUCAAACUGUCAAACAGAUUGGCAUGGAAGUUCAUCUAUCACAUCCCGAUCGUUUCGACCACUACCGCAACUUGAUAGAGCGACUAGAAGCUUCCGGUUAUGUCCGUUUCUUCUCGCGCCAGAACCGCUGGAUGAAUAACGCUUACGAAAUGGCCUGGUUCAAUGUCAACUAUUCUCUCGGCAAUCAGUUGCCGAUUUCAAAAAAGAGCGGAUGGAAGGAAGAAGAAGAGUUGAUAUUUAAUAACAAGUUUCCGCCUAUUGUGUAGCGCACAUCAAUAAACAUAUGUCAACGAC